AUGGCAUCUCAACAAGACACUAUAGCCUCUGAAGUGAUUGCGGCGUCUCUGGGCGGAGCCAUUUCGGCGUCCGUUCUGUACCCACUGGAAGUAUUAAAGACCAAGAUGCAAGCGGAAGGAGGCAAUGAUGAUAAGGAUGACGACAAGGACGACAACGAGGACAAGAAACCGGCCAGCAUGGUCCAAUACGCGUCGCGAUUGUACGACCAAGAAGGUGGCUCUGUAUUCUUUCGAGGCGUGGAAACGUCCGCCUUUCAAUCGGCCACGGAAAAGGCUCUCUACUUUUUCGCCUACCAAGCACUCAAGGAAAUUCACUCGGCCGUCACGGGGAGUAAAAAACUGGACGGUCUUUCCAACAUCAUCAUGGGCGCGGCCGCCGAAUGGGCUCAUUUGCCCAUUACACUUCCCCUCGAUUGCUGGACGACCCAAAUACAAACGAGCACCAACACCGACGAAACUCCCAUGGCACUCUUGUGCAACUUGUUGGCGGCGGGACCCUCCAAAAUGUACAAGGGCAUUCAAGCCUACACAGUCCUCUGUCUCAAACCCGCACUCCAAUACACCAUUUUUGAGCAAGUCAAGGGUGCCGUCGUGGCGGGACGCGUUCAAAAAACACUCUCGGCCGUAGAAGCCUUUCUCUUGGGAAUGAUGGCCCGGGCUGUGGCCACUGUGGUUGUAUUUCCCUAUUUGCGCGCCAAGGUCAUGUUGCAAGCCGCGUCACAAUCGUCAACUGGCGAUAGUAGUCAAAAAACGAGCAUUCCCAGCAUGUUGGCCACCAUGUACGGACAAGGUGGCGUGGCAUCGUGGUUCCAAGGUCUGGGACCCGAAUUGACACGAGGUGUCAUGAGUGCCGCCUUGAUGAUGAUGAUCAAGGAAAAAAUUGCCAUUAUUGUCAAGGACAUUCUCAAACGAGUCGUCAAAUACUAA